AUCGUUUAUCUCGUAGCUCGGACGAAACCACGGAACUCUCUCGACUCCACCGUGCAACCGCUGUGGCAAGACCACCGUCUCGUUGACGAUGCAUAUGGGCAUGUAUGCUUGUGAAGUGCUCUUUCCGUCUUGGUGAGUUUCCCGCAACCGCCCCAGCUACACAGGCUGUGUCUUGAGUGAAUGAAGAUAAAGCUUGGGGUAGGGUGAUCUAGCGUCCUUACCAGCUACCGUCGCUAAGUCGGAACCAGUGAAACGAGUGGAUGACUAUUACAUUUUAGUAUUUAAAUUUAUAUUCCCUGAAAAAUUCUACCAAGAGGAUCAUCGACCACUGGCACCAGAUACGUUCCCGGUAGAAGGGUCAUACACGGACUGGCAUUGUGGCAACACUGAGCCUGGGUGAGUGAGACUCUUGAGACUCAGUAACUUGAACAGAGGACUAUACAGUCAUCACUGUCGAUCAUCACCAUGCCAGCUGGAUAUGAGUAUGACUUGUAUAUCCGGGUGGAACAUCCCCAACAAUGCCCAGCACUGGAUCAGUUGGGUCGGAUUGUUUGCACAGUUGUCGAUGGAUGUCUGUUCCGGAGGACCAAACAUUAUCGAAACUUUGGUCCAAUGAAGCGUGACCCAAUGGUGGCUCUAGAGGUCUUAGUAUCAACAGCAGAGGAUUCUCAACGACUGAUAAAAAGACUGCAUAGGGCGACUCUGUUUGAGAUGAAGUGGAUAGUUCAGCCAUUCCGUGCCUACCUGAUUAACGAGCAGAGGAGUUGGACGACCAUCAACCGGGUAUUUCUCAAACCGCCUGGAGCACUUCUUGCUCUGGCUUCUCGCAAUAUAGACCUGAGUCCAAUGAGGCGUGUGACACCAUUUCAGACAGAUAAGCGUAACGCUGCAGCCGCAACAGCUGCGGUUACUGCUUCUGCCGCUGUCGCCACUGUGUUACCUAGGAAACCACCGCAUGUAGCAAGGAUGGGACAAGAGCCUCAGAACCAGGAAAAUAAGGUGAACCCUGAUACAAGUAGCAAGUCAGAAGGUACUGUUGUUGCUGUUGCUGCCAUGGAUACAGACACAGUGCAAGCAUCCCAUGUACGGGCAGCGACAGCAGCAUCAGCAGCUGUAUCCAGGUCCAAGAGCGGAAAGCAACGCAGCAGGUCAAGGAGCACCGAAUCAGUUACGCAGGAGAGACAAAGCACACAAAGUACACAAGGCACGUCACCGGCGACAGUGAGCAGCGGUCGUGUCUCCAGCCGUCACUCAGCGCGUGCACACCGUCGGCGAACAUUUCGUCAGCAUAGUCCUAGUGUUCCUAGGUCUAGACAUGCCAUACAUGGCAUGGGACAUGCCAUUGGACAUACCAUAGGACGCACCAGGGGCUCAGCGUCAUCUGCUCAGCAUAACAAUGCCAGCGGCUCCUCAUCACCUCGAAGCGGAAAUAGCAGAUCACCAGUGAGGCGCUCUCUUUCCCGUGUCUGUGAUGAUAAGAUGCCCAGUGCCAGUGCUAGUACAGUGACAGAGACGGCAACAGAUUGUGUCAAGGAACACGCUAUUAGCACACCAGGUCAGGUGCUUAUGUUGACUAUGCCCGAGGAGCAUGGAGAAAUUCACUUAACCCCAGCAGUAAGAGACUCGCUAACCGAGGAGCAACAUGAGCAAAUGUCAGCAAUUCAGCAGAGUGUGGCUAGUGCCUUGUCCUCGGACUGCCAGUAUCUACUGUCAGCCUGUCAGGCAGCUUUAGAGUCAGACGAGGAAGAAAACGGACAAGAACAUGCGCAGCUAGUGCAACAGUGGUUGCUGGAGGUGACACUGGAGCAUUGUCGACACAUGAAAGAACAACUCAACGCGAUUGCACCAGGACUGGUGGCAGAUACUAAUGCUUUAUGAUGGAAAGAGAAGUUCAGGCCCACACCACCCACUGCUUCAAAAGACAAUGUACUUAACCUAUCAACGCCUGAUGACAGCUUUAUUUAUGUCAGUGAAUAGAUCAAUUUUAUUUGAUUCCACUUUGGACACCUUUCUGAGAAAGGCCAAUUUCUGCUGCUUACCUUUUCUUCUUGAAUACACAUCAUACAGUGCAUGGGUAUUAAAAGCAGUUUGUACCGAG